AUGUCUUCCCGAGUUGCUAAGCCCAAGAAAACCGCCAAGAAAGACCACAUGAUUGCAUUCAAGCCCGAGAAGCCGUUCUCUGACGAAGACUGGCUGGCCGUCUUUCUCCAGUGCGUGAUGAUGACGGGUGUGAAGGUCGACAUCUCAAAGGUUGCAACCACGAUGGGCGUCACCACUCAAUACGCGAAGAUGCAAUUCUUGCGAUUGCGCAAAAAGUUCGGGUUCACCCAUCUUGUCGGCAGUAACCUUAGGGGAAAGGUACCCACUGAAGCCGAAGAUAAAGACGAAGAUGGGGAGAUAAAGAUGAAUGAUGGUUCCUUUGACGGAUUCACCGAUGAUUUCCCUAGCGAGGAAGUUGUUUAA